CCAAGUAAAAAAAAGGCCCAUAUUUUGGAUUGCCAGGUGGAGCAUACUUCGCUGCUCCAUUCUUGGUCGUCCUGCUCGCUCGGCCUUAAUGGACGAUUCUGGGGCCAUACUCUGCCAGAUUUCGGCGUACAAGGACUUGCUUGAUGAGGUCAAUGAAGAAAUUGAGCAAAACAUUCAGAAAACUAGAGAAAUAGAAUCAGAAAUUGUAAAGUGUCUUGAAGUUGAACAAGAUUCAGUUACGAAAGAAUCAGAUUUGUUAAAGAUGCUUUCUAUGAGAGAUUUUGAGCUCAAUGGUUUAGUCCAAAUUGCUGCCACUUCUAGGAACUCAUGCGAAAGUUUGGCGUGUGACCUGAGAUUAUUGCAAAUGAAUAAGGAUGAAAUUAUAAAGAGAAUAUCACAGAAAAGGGAUCAGUUCCUUCUUUUUAGCAGUCAGUUUCAAGCAAAGGCUCUAUCAGCAGAGAAUAAGGAGUUAACAAUUUUGUUAUCUGAGAAAGAGACCCUUGAAAAAGAAAAGGAUACCUUGAAUAUGAAGAUUGAUGCCCUACAGAAUUCCACGAAGGAUUGUUUGGGUGAAAUUCUCGAAGAAAUUCAGAUAUCUAAUUCUGCUUUGGACAUCAAUAUUGAGCGUGGGACUUCAGAAAAUAAAGAACUUCUAAAUGAUAUGAGAGAACUGAAAAUCUUGUUAAGUUCCAUGAGCCCAAGUGAGGAAUUUUCCUCAUAAAAGUUCUUUAUAUUAUUAUUAGCUCACAAAAGUGUUUUGUUUUCUUUCUUCUUUUAGAUGAAAUGUUAUAUUAAAAUAGAAUAUGAUCCUCAUAUUGAACUGCUAUUAUGUUUUUUUCCCUACUCUAUGGUGGUAUAAUACUCAGUUUAGUCCCUAUAUUAAUUCAAAAUGGCUAUUUAGUCUCUUUAUUAU